GUAUGGUGACCCCCAUUGACGUAUGGAGACUCUAUGAGCAGCCCCUACCCUGGAUCCAAAGCCUCCUGAUUGCAAUUCCAACCUCUAGGGCUGUUAAAUGACCCACAGAGAGGAUGGGGGCCUCUUUGGCCUGAUGGAGAGAGGUGGGCACCAGGGUAAGUCGCUGCCUACAUCACCGCUGGUGUUUUGUCUCAGCAGCUGGUGUAAAUUUCUGCGGAGAAGCUCUGCUGGUGGGCAGCUUGUCUCCUCUCAGUGCAAAAAGCAAAAUAUACAACACAUGCACCCUGCCAUCCGUGUGGCCGUCUCCCUCCAUCAGCUGUUGAAGGAGAAAUCUGUGCUCAGAAGAGAUGAAAUGGGGCUGAGAUUUGGCUUGGGAAGAUGAUCUGAUUCCAACCAGAGUCCAGGAGACUUUGGGGAAUGCGUGAGUCCUACAGGAGAAUGGAUCACCCUUCAUCCAAGAGCAAGCUGGCACGAAGCUCUGGGGUGAAAACCCAUAACGCCACGUGGUUUUAAGGUUUGGGGUGGCUUACACCCUGCAGCUCUGCUUCUAGCAAGGCUAGGGAGCCUAAACUGGGAGCCCUAAACCCAUGGAGGAGUCAAACCUGUGCUUGAGACCAUUGUGGGCCCAGCUGAAAUGGGAGGUAGGCAAUUACAGACAUCACUGAAGCCACCCCAAGAUUUGGGGAACUUUGGUUUUCACCUUUCGCUGCACUUUCGUAGGAUUUCUCGUGUUCUUGGCCACCUGGUUAAAAAAAAAUUGAUAAUAAUAAUUAAAUCUUGGCUUUUGCCCCACUGUGGGAUGGGCAGCUGGUGGUUCCCAGCUCACAAUAAACCACUCGAGACUCUCUGGAGCAUUUGUUUCUUUCUCCAGCUGGUUCCACGCGGGGCUCUCCAGCCCCUCUGCAGCUCACAGACUUUCCUUGGCAGCGUCUGCUCCACCUAUUGCUGAAAAGGGGAAAAUUUGAGAUGGAUCCCAUUUUGUGAACAUCUCCCACCUGCGGGGCUGAUAUUUCCCCCUGUCCCACAUGUGAUCCGUCUGAGCUCACACAGCCCUUAAAAAUCUGCAAGGAUCUUGUUCUGCUGCCUGCCGGAUGAGUCUUGGAAAGGAGCGUUUUGUUGGCUGCCCCCUUGCCUUUCUUCCUACAAAGCAGGCUGCUUCCCAGAGCCUUGGGAAGGCUGCACCAAAGUCAGAUUGCAAAGAGAAGGCGCAAAAAAACGAGAUUGGAGACACCGAUCUGGGAUGUCAAACUGCACGAUGGAGCCUUAAGUAAGACGAACUUCAGGCCAGAUGCCCAGGAGAGGUGUUAAAUUUUGGUUCAAGCCCACACCGGCAGCAGCAGAAGGAAGGCAGGGAAAGGGGGAUUGCAAGAGAUUGGAGACCGCACCACCAUGGCCUCCGCUGCUUCUAGAGCAAAGGAAAAGGGAGAGGGGGGCUCCCACCACCCUGUCCCAGAGCAUCGGAUGGACGAUGGAGGUGGAGGUGGAGCGUGGCCAGAGCGAGGACGGCUUGGAGAUACGGAGGUCAUCGGCCACCGAAACCACCUCAGGAAAGGGAAUUUCCACACAAAGCUCCACUUGGAGCACCUGGCAGAGAAGCUGAAGCUUUUGGGGCUGGACGGAGACAAAGGGGAGAAGGAGAAGCUCUGCUCGUGGCGCAAGAGGACGUUCCUCUCCAAUGGACCUCGGGAUGAUGGAGGUCCCACUGGAGCCCCCAUAAAGGAGUCGGUGCAGGAGGACGGGGAGCAGAUUUGCAGCCAUUUGGAGAACCUCAAGAAACAAAGGAAGGAGCUCUUAGAACUCAAAACGAGCGGAGAGAGGCAAUGCCAAGACUUUCUGACACGGACGGAGGCUGAGAGGCAGAAAAUUGCAUCAGAGUUCCGUCAGCUCCGCCGUUUUCUGAAGGAGAAGGAAGUGAUGCUUCUGGCACGGCUGGGAGAGCUGGACAGGGCUGUGCUGAGGAGGCAGGAGGAGGAGGAGGCCAAGGUGCAGGGGGACAUUUCUCUCCUAAGCAUCCUCAUUUGUGAGAUGGAGGAGAAACUCAAGCGACCCACGCGUGGAUUCCUACAGGAUGCCAGAAGCACGCUGAACAGGUGGGAGAUGGGCAGAACUCAAAGGACGACAGAGAGCUUUGCAGAUGUGGAACGGAGGCUCCGUGUCAUCUCCCAGCAAAAUAAAAUCCUCAAGGAGACGCUGGGGAGAUUCCAAGAUCUUUUACCAUCUGAGCUGGAGAAGGAGGAAGGAGCAUCCGUAGGAGAAGAGGGAGAGGCAUUUGUCACCCUGGAUCCCAGCACUGCCACUGCGGGUCUUGUCCUGUCCCGGGACCGACGUGGGGUGAGAUGGAUGGACACAGGGCACAACGUGUCCCCUUGUCCCCAACGCUUCGAUGUCUCCUGCUGUGUGCUGGGCUGUCGGGGCUUCACCUCAGGGAGGCACUUUUGGGAUGUGGAGGUGAUGGGUGGUGGCACGUGGGCACUCGGGGUGGCACGCAGCUCCGUGCCCAGGAAGGGUUGGCUCGCUUUCCAUCCCGAUUAUGGGAUUUGGGCCGUGGGAUGCUGUAGAAACCGCUUCCGAGCUUUCACAUCUCCCCCAACCGCCCUCCCCCUGGGUGGGAAUCCCAACAGGAUUCGAGUGGUGUUGGAUUAUGGAGGGGGACGGGUGGCUUUCUACCUCGCUGCCCAAAAAAAUCCCGUAUUUGCUUUCCAAAAUGCUUCUUUUUGCGGGGAGAGCAUCUUCCCCUUCUUCUGGGUGGGCAGAGAAUCCCACCUCCACCUCUGCCCCUGAGAGAAGGAAAAGGGAGGUCUGAAAUUUUGGGGUGAGCAUCGCCGUCAGCUCACCUGCAGUACAAUGGGAUCUUCCAGGCUUUGGGCUCUGUGCUCGUCGUGCCAUUAUUUUCAUGGCAUCCUAAAAUGGUGCUGCAUUAUUUUUAUGACACUGUAAGAGGAUGGAGCAGAAGAUUUGUCACAAAUUAGCAAGGAAAAAAAAAUCAGCAAAGGAAAACAUGGAA